AUGAAGGACCCGGUCGUUCCCCUGAAGUUGGCUCUUUAUGGGCACCCAGACUCAGGGGGGAUAUGGGAACGUCAUUGCGAGACUGAGCUCAAGAAGGUGGGAUUCGAGCCUGUGCUCACUGACAUCUGGAAGAGCGUGUUCUACAACGCCGAUUUGGAGCUCUUAAUGGUUAUUUAUGUUGACGAUUUCAAACUCGCUGGACCUACGAAGAACAUCCAGAAAGGCUGGGAAUCUAUUGCGUGCCUUGGCUACCUAUGGGGUAUCAUCGACGAGGAGCCCAAUCCGAGCAGGCUCUGGAACGGCUCGGACGCAACCCGAACGCAGCCUGAUGACUCGACUUUCUUCAAGCUGCUGGACCGUGAGCCCUAA